UAUUUCCUGGCAGGACCACCCGCAACAGAUCAAUCGGCCACUAUGGCGGGACAAGGCAACUUGCGACAGCCACCUCCUGGUUUAAGAGACGCUCUCAGUCAGUCGUCAAACAUCGCUGCUGCCAUGGCGACCAUGGAAAGCAGGUCGAUGCCACCGGAAGAGGAAGAGGUAACAGCCCAAGUGCGGAGCUACGAUAGUUCUGUAGACGAUCCUAAUACGUUUCCAGUGCUGCCAUCAGUCACCAGACGUCAGUCAGAGCAUCUGGACCGGGGUGCAGUGAGUGACCUGCUGGUGAAAUGGUCCUUACCAGACCUUCGUAAGAUUGAGACCAGUUUCUGCAGAGUCCCAUCCAUAGAAGGCAUCACCGACCCAGAGUUGAUUCUGCGAAUCUUGGAUGCUCAUCCCUCAUUAGAUUCCUUGUGUAUGACGCCAGUACUGCGACCUGACGACCCAAACUAUACGCCAUAUUUGAUGCAAGUUGUGCACCCUGGGAAGGUGGACAUUUUCAACUGUUGCGUGGUGACACGGAAGAACGUCAUUCGUUACAUUAAAGGGAAAGAACCUCGAUGUUUGUCCAUAAAGCGGUGGUCCUUUGAGCAGAAUGCCAUGUUGCGAAUGCGCAGUAUUCCUUUCUUCAAGAAUUUCAAAAUGAUGAAAGCGUUUUAUGCCUUAGCCAAUCAUCUGGACAUGAGCAGGUUCGGCAAGACCAGGAGAAAGCUUCGAUCCCAACUGAUGACUUGCAACCCCAACUACGCCGAGACCCUUCUGCUGGUGCGCACCAUGUGCCUGGAUAUGGCUGCCUUGACGUUGAUCCACGUGGAUGCUGAGCUGACCUACACACUAGGAGAAUUCAUGGAAGAGCAGCAACAAUACACGCAGGAGGUGGCCGGCAAGAUAGAGCGCUACCUGGCCAUAAUCCUGUACCUGAUGUCGCGCACCUGCUGGGAUGACGUCAUUGAAGAAGGCCUAGCCGAGGAGAGCAAGGAGAGGCGCGGAGGAGCCCCAAAGCGGGUUAAUGAACUCAGAAGGAUGCAAAGACUGCGACAAAGGCAAGUACGUCUGAACGUAAUCGAUAGGAGUGCUUUUAAAAAAACAAAAAGGGGGUGUAAUUCUGUGUGUGUGUGUGUGUGUAUGUGUGUGUGUGUGUGUGUCUGGGGAAGGGGUGAUUCUUCGUGUGUGUAUGCGUGUGUGUGUGUGUGGGGGGGGGGGGUGUAA